GGCCUACUACGUUGAGCUCUGCUCCGCAUCCCCAGUUUCUGUUUCUUUUCUUUCCCGCCAUUUCUAGCCUGCUUUCUCUUUCUCUCUCAAACAGCGUCUGAUCUCGGAAGGCCGAAGAAGAUGUUGUGGGUGGACAAGUAUCGUCCCAAAACCCUAGACCAGGUCACAGUUCACCAGGACGUGGCGCAGAAUCUGAAGAAAUUGGUUACCGAGCAGGACUGCCCUCAUUUGCUCUUCUAUGGCCCCUCCGGUUCCGGGAAGAAAACCCUAGUCAUGGCUCUUAUUCGACAGAUGUUCGGUGCCAGUGCGGAGAAGGUGAAGGUGGAGAAUAAAACGUGGAAAGUUGAUGCUGGAACCAGAACUAUUGAUAUCGAGUUGACCACGUUAUCGAGCACAAACCAUGUGGAGCUCACUCCCAGUGAUGCAGGUUUUCAAGAUAGGUACAUCGUUCAAGAUAUAAUCAAAGAGAUGGCGAAAAACAGACCAAUUGACUCCAAAGGGAAAAGGGGACAUAAAGUUUUGGUUCUAAACGACGUUGACAAACUAUCAAGAGAAGCCCAGCACUCUCUCAGGAGAACAAUGGAGAAAUAUAGCUCGUACUGCAGGUUAAUACUUUGCUGCAAUAGUUCAUCAAGAGUUACUGAAGCAAUCCGUUCUCGCUGCCUAAAUGUGCGGAUAAAUGGACCAACGGAGGAGCAGAUCGUCAAAGUACUAGAGUUGAUUGGGAAGAAAGAAGGACUGCAGCUUCCACCUGGAUUUGCUUCUCGUAUUGCAGAAAAAUCAAACCGGAGUUUGAGGAGAGCUAUUCUAUCAUUUGAGACUUGUCGUGUUCAGCAGUAUCCUUUUGCUAGUAACCAGGCAAUACCACCAAUGGAUUGGGAGGAGUACAUCUCUGAGAUAGCAUCAGACAUAAUGAAGGAGCAAAGCCCUAAGAGACUGUUCCAGGUUCGUGGGAAGUUAUACGAGCUACUUGUUAAUUGUAUUCCACCAGAGAUUAUAUUGAAGAGACUGCUUUAUGAGCUACUUAAGAAGUUGGAUGCCGAAUUACAGCAUGAGGUCUGCCAUUGGGCUGCAUAUUAUGAACAUAGGAUGCGCCUUGGACAGAAAGCCAUCUUCCAUAUUGAAGCUUUUGUGGCGAAGUUCAUGAGCAUAUACAAGAAUUUCCUCAUCUCGGCGUUCGGCUAAAGAGAAGAUCACAGUUCACUCAGGAAAAAGCAAUUGGGUAAGUUCAUAGGUCUGAUGUUGGAAUGAAGCCAGUUUAUGGUGUAUUUAUCUUAUAUUUUGGCAUUUUAGGUCUUUUUUUUUAUUAGGGAACUUGAAGUUUUAACUUGAGGGAUGUGCUCUGAAUCUAACAUGGCAGAAAAAAUGGCAAAUCUUCUACUCAUUUUCUAGCACUACCUACUGGAGUCAUUGCUUUUCUAUUUCUUAAAUGAAAAUAUCAAUAAUAGAGAAAGAAAGAGAGGUCAUCGAUAAUUGGCCUCUCUUUUUCUCCUUUUUCUUUAUGAUAUUUGUUUCUAUAUCCAAGAGACAGUUCGGUUGGCAAGGACUUGAAUCCUCUUAGUUAUAUUGGCUUAGAAGUCUCAAAUUCGAACCUUCUGAUGAGCUUAAUAUCAAAAACCCUUGAUGUC